AAGCAUUCCUACGGCAACGCCACUUGGACAAAGUCUACUAUAUAGCAAAUCGCGCUUUUGCCGGUACAGUGCCUGAGUGAGAGAGAGGUCGAAGCAGCAGAAGCAGCAGCUGAAGAACUCUUCUCCUUCCACGGGAAGACGUGGGCUCCCACCACGGCACUCGUAAACAGGGCAGGGCUCGCGUCAUUUUAGUCGCCUUUUUCAAGAAAAAAAGUCGACGCUCCUAAACGAGUGGAUGUUGGUUGAAGUUGCCCAGGGUGCUCUUCUGGACUAGUUUUUUUUUUUUUUUUUCACGCCCAACUCCGUUUUCCUAUUUUUCUUUUCUUAUUUUUGAAUAUAUAUCUUUUUUUUAACGUCACCAUCCAAGAGCCUUCACCUAGUGGUUUACAUGGUCUACAUUCGGACGGCGCCCGCUGACGGACUUUGGCCUCGCACCUCCACUACAUCGUACGAGGAAACAUGAGCUCAGCCAAGGCCAGUGGGAGCAAAGUACCCAGUAAGGUAGCCCGGCCACUGGCCACCGGCAUCCCCAAGACCAACCCGGGCACAGGAAGUAAAGUUGCCGCGGCCGACAAAUCUGCCGCCAGCGCGGAUGACAACCAUGAUGUCGGGGACAGUUUCGAGAUCGGCGAGCGCGUCUGGGUGAACGGGACCAAACCGGGCUACGUCCAGUUUUUGGGAGAGACCCAGUUCGCCCCGGGGCAGUGGGCGGGCAUCGUUCUGGAUGAGCCAAUCGGGAAGAACGAUGGCUCGGUGGCGGGCGUGCGCUACUUUCAGUGCGAUGCCCUGCGAGGGAUCUUCACCCGCCCAUCCAAGCUGUCGCGCACCGAGGGUGAGGGGGACGGCACGCAGACGGCGCCGCCCUCUCGCGCCGCCUCGCCCGCCCGGUCGGUGGCCAGCGUGGCCUCCCACACUCCCGCCAUCAAGUCCGCUCCGGCGAAGAAGGCCUCUGCUGCGGCCUCAUCCGCGACGCCGGCCGCUCAGUCUUCCAACCUGGCUCGCACCAACAGCGAAUCCAUUUCCAACUUGUCAGAGAGCGGCUCGGUCAAGAAAGGGGAACGGGAACUGAAGAUGGGCGACCGGGUGUUGGUCGGUGGAACCAAGGCAGGAGUGGUGCGCUUUAUCGGAGAUACGGAUUUCGCAAAAGGCGAGUGGUGUGGUGUGGAGCUGGACGAGCCCUUGGGGAAGAACGAUGGUGCAGUGGCAGGCACACGGUACUUCCAGUGCCAGCCCAGGUAUGGCUUAUUUGCGCCAGUGCACAAGGUCACGCGCAUCGGCUUCCCCUCCACCACGCCGGCCAAGGCCAAGGCGGCGGCUCGCAAGGCUGCUGCCACCCCGGGCGGCCUGAAGCGAAGCCCCAGCGCCUCCUCUAUCAGCACCAUGAGUUCCGUGGCCUCAUCUGUCAGCGCCAAGCCGAGCCGCACUGGCCUGCUGACAGAGACGUCGUCACGGUACAACCGCAAGAUCUCGGGCACCACAGCUCUGCAGGAGGCUCUGAAAGAGAAGCAGCAGCACAUCGAGCAGCUCAUGGUGGAGAGGGACAUGGAGAAGGCCGAGGUGGCCAAAGCCACCAGCCACGCCGGGGAGAUGGAACAGGAAAUCACGCUGCUCAGGGACGACCAGGAGCAGAUGGAGGCCAAGAUGGAUCAGUUACGUGCCUUGGUGGAGGCAGCCGACAAAGACAAAGUCGAGCUGCUCAACCAGCUUGAGGAGGAGCGGAGGAAAGUUGAGGACCUACAAUUCCGUGUUGAGGAAGCGUGCAUCACCAAAGGGGACCUGGAGACGCAGACCAGGCUGGAGCAUGUCCACAUUCAGGAGCUUGAACAGAGCCUGCACUUUGAAAAGACCAAAGCUGAGAAGCUCCAAAGAGAGUUAGAAGACACUAGGGUUGCCACCGUCUCGGAAAAAUCUCGCAUAAUGGAGCUGGAGCGUGACCUCUCACUUCGCACCCGAGAGGUCGCCGACCUGCAGCUCCGUCUCGGCUCCCAGCAGGCCUCCGACGACCCCGACGCUGGCGGUAUCUCUCCCCUCCUGGAGGAGAUCACCUCCCUGAGGGACCGUUUGGCCUCGCUGGAAGCCGAGCGGAAGCAGGACCUGGCCGGGCUACGGGAGAAGUUGGAAUCUCAGGUGAAGGCGCACGGCGAGGCGACCGCCCAACUCCAGGCCACCGGCGUAAAACUGUCUGGCGACAACGAGCAGCUGCGCAUGCGCCUGAGCCAGGCCGAGAAGGACAGCGCCGAGGUCCUGGAGAGGCUGAAGCUGGAACACGUCCAGGCCCUGGAGGAGGCUGCCGCCGCCCAUGAUAAGCAGAUUCAUGACCUGAAGGAGCGACUGGCCUCCCUUGCUGAAGACAAGGAGAGCCUUGACAAUGCGGUGCGCGCCGGGGUGGACAAAGCUGAGAACCAACACCUGGUGGAGAUGGAGGAUGUCCUUGGGAAGCUCCACGCAGCCGAGCUCAAGGUGAAGGAGCUGGAGGAGAUAGAAGCCGAGUUAGAGCGGCGGGCCCAGGGUGAGAGAGAAACCAAAGACAUGGUGGCGCAAAUGGUUCGCCGUUUGUGUCGCAGCCAAAGCGACCAGAAGGAAGAAGUAGAAGAUGUUCAGAAUCAAGAAACUGAGUUAGUUGGUGAACUGAGAUCAUUGCUGGAAGGCAAAGUGGCUGAAAUCCUGUCACUACAGCAAAGUUUGGCCAGUGUGGAGCAAAAGAAAGACACUGUGGAGCAGCAGCUUGGAGACCUGUAUCGUAGCGAUAUAUUGACAAUGCCUAUUGAAAUACAUUUGGGAGAUAAUGCUACAAAAAACAAAAAUCCCAAAUGUGCCAUUGUUGGUUUGUCAGAAACCCUUGACAGGCUCAGCAAAAAGGAGGAGCAGUGCACAACUCUGGGCACAGUAUCGGAGUCUCUCAAGAGUCAGCUUAAUGGGCUGGAGAGGAAGCUGGCGAGUGCCGACGAGAAGGUACGGCAGCUGGGCGAGGACAAGAGCAAACUGGAGAAAGACAUUUCGGACAUGAUGACGGCGUCCGGUGACAGUUCGGUGCAGCUGAGCAAAAUGAACGAAGAUCUGCGGCAGAAAGAAAGGCGGCUUGAGGAGUUGCAGUGUCAAUUGGUGGAGGAAAAGAACAAGGUGGCUCUCUCCAAUGAGCAACGGGAGCAGGCUCUGUCCCGCAAAGACCAGGAAUUGUGUGAGACCCGAGACAGCCAUGGCGCUCAAAUAAAAGCUCUCCAGGAGAAGAUUUCCGCAUUGGAGAAGAGUGUGCAGCAGGGUGUCAGCGAGGCCGAGGAGCUGAAGGAGUCUCAAGAGAAGGCUCUCUCCCAGGCCUCAGAACUCCACGGCAAGGAGGUCCAAGGGCUGCGGGAUGAGCUCGACAAGCUGAAGCAGGAGCUCUCCUCCUCCAAGGACAGGAGCCGGGAGUUGGAAAAGCUGGUGUCUGAGGUGCAGACAUACAAGGACAAGCUUCAGCAUCUUUCCGCUGAGCUAGAGUCCUCCAAGCAUGAUGUUGAAUGCUUGUCCGCAAAGCUGGAAGCGCAGACUGUAGAGCUGGAGCGCAAGUGUCAGGAUAGAGAGGAUGCCCACGUUGAGAAAUGCAAAUUGGAGACGCUGCUCUCAGAAGCGCAGAGCAAGCUUUCUGCUCUCCAGGAUCAUUCUAUCCAGAAUAAGGACCUCCGCGUUACCAUUGAGAAGCUCUCAAAGGAAAGGGAUGAAUUACUCGACAGCAACAAGCGUACCGAGGAAGAAAGAACGUCACUGAACGACCAGUUGGAGAAGCUCAAAAAUUGUUUCCAGGAGGCACAGACUGAAAAUACCGACCUGAAGAGCGCCAAUAUCAAACAGCGGUCUGAUAUCGAGGAUCUCAGGAAACAAAACGAGGAGAAGGAUGCCACGCUGCUCAAACACCAGCAGGAUGCUCAUCAAGCUGAAAGUAGUAAGAAGCAGCUUCUGGAGGACUACGAAAAUGUCUGCAAAGAGCGCAGCAGGCUGGAGGAGGACCUCAACCAGAGCCGGUCUAAACUCGGGUGCGAGAACAAGCAGCUCAUCUCGGAGCUCGAUGUGGCCAAAAAGGCCAAAAAGUCUCUGGAUGCCAAGAACGCAGAGUUGCAAGCCAAGCUGCAGUCUCUUAACUUGGAGAAAGAAGAUCUGACAAUGAAGAACACCCAGCUGCAGGCUCGCGCAGAAAUGCUAAGCAAAGAGAAGGCUAACAUGUCCUCCGAAAUCAGCGCCGUCACGAAGGACAAAAACAAUCUCGUGGCGGCGAAAGAGGAACUCCAGAAUAAGCUAAACCUUGCCAAGAAAGAGCUGGACAGCUCCGUCCGUGAAUGCGAAGACCUGAAAGCAUCCCGCCUCAGCUUGGUCCAGAUGCUGGAGGAGUUCAAGACCAGCAGCCAGGUGACGGAUUCCGAAAGGCUUCACCUCCUGCAGGAGAAGGAGGACUUGCUCGCCGCCCAUAGGAAAGUUUUACAGGAGAAGGAGGAGCUGGUCAAAGACAUUGAAGAGCUGAAGGAGAAGAUUGAAGUCUCUGCCCAGCAAUUGACUCUGUCCGGCAAAAAGCUGAACGAGGUGUCUGCAACUUUGGAGCAAGAGAGGCAGACCUUUCACGCACAGAAUUCUGAAAACUCCGAGGCUCUGCAUGCGCUGAGGAAAGAGAAACUGACCCUCGAGUCGACGCUCGAGCAACAAAAGACAGAUUACGAGUUUCUGGCGGUGGAGAAGGGCGAAAUGGAAGCAAAGCACUUGAAGGCCACAGCCGAGGUUAGCGCCCUAUUGCUAGAGCGGGACAAGCUAGUGUGCGACAUCCGAGAAACAAAGGACCAAUUGGACAGCUUCUCCAGAGCUCAAGGCGAUAUUAGUCAGGAGAAGUCUCGUCUAGAAGGGAUGCUCAAGGAAGCCGCUUGCGAGAAAAAGUCUGUCGUAGCCGAGUUGGCGUCGCUAAAAAAAGAAAAGGCCGAGCUGGAGAGUGACCUGGAGAAACGUUGCUCCGAAAUUGAACUCCUAGAAAAGGCCAAUGCCGAGCUUGCCCGAGGACGCAGCGAGCUCGAAAGCGGCGUUGAGAAAUCCACCGUGGAACUUAAAGGGCGAGUUGAGGAACUCACGAAAAACGUGGCGUCGUCGGAGACUAAAAAAAAGCAGCUCCUCAAAGAGAUCCUGCAACUAAAAAAGCAGACGGCGUCGUUUUCCGAGGCCAAGCGUGAUCUGGAGAAGCAGCUCCAGGUGGAAUCCAAUGAACGGACUCGCAUGGCCGCGCAAACGGAGGAGCUGCAGACCACCUUGUCACAACUUCGGCAGGCUAGCGACGACAUGUCCUCUCAGCUUAAGAGCGCAGGGGAGCGACAUACGUUUUUAACGGCAGAAAGUGAUUUGGCAAAAGCAAAUCUGAAGGAACAAGAGCAGGUGACCCUUCGCUUGUCUGAAGACAAGCGAGAGCUUUUAUCCAAACUGGACGAGACUGAGAAGCGCGCGUCUGCGCUGGAAACGGAGAAGCAGGAGCUCCUAGCCGGACGCAGUCGCUCGGAGCAGGACGUUUCCCAAUGGCUUGCGGAGAAAUCACGGCUGACCGUCGAGCUCGAGAAGUUCCAGGAGGACGUCAAGACCCUCCGUGCGGGUGAGGCCGCCCUGGAGAAGCGGCACCGGGAGGCCGUCGCCGAGAGAGACCAGCUCCAGUCCCAACUUAAACAUACCAUUGCUAAGCAGCUUGAGGCCUCUGAGGCGUCCGGCCAGACUGCCGAAGUGCUCAAGCAGUUGACGGAGGAGAGAGAUGCCUUGCUUCGAGAGAAGAGUGAAGCUCAACUUCUGUUGGAGGGUCUUCGUUCUUCCAAACGAGAGAUGGAGGCACAGAUGGAUGAGCUAAAGCAAGACAAAUCAAAGUACCAGCAAGAGCUGACAGCAUCCAAAGAGCAACUUGGUGCCGACAGCCAGAAGCUGGACAGUCUCACCCGGGAAAUCAAGGAGCUCAAGGAGGCGGUGUCAGUCAAGUCGCGCACCCUGGAGUCGCUCCAAAACGAGAAGGACAAGCUGACUCAGGAUAUUGAGAACAAUCACCAGGACCACAGUGAACUUAUCAAGCUCAAGGACGAGCGCUCAAAACUCCAAGCACAGUUAAAGGAGUUGAAACAAAGCCUACCAUGUUAUGCCUUCAGUGAGAGCACUUUGAAGGAGAAGAUGGACAAAGAGAACGCCGAGUUCCAGAAGUCUGUUGGUAAAAACCGUGCCUUAGUGUCGGAGAAGGAGGAGCAGAUUGAAGCCCUCAAGACGGAGCUGGCCGCCGCGCGUGGCCAAAGUGCCUCGGGGGAUACCUUGCAGACCGCCAUGGCUGCCUUGGAGCAGGACAAAGCUCAGCUCAAGCAGCGAGUGGAGAAGCUGGAGCAGGAGCUGGCCGCCGUUCCCUCAGGUGACGCCGUCGGCGACCGACCGAGGAACAAGGACACGGAGGCCGAGCACCAUCAGGCAGCGAUUGACUUCCUGAAUUCUGUCAUCGUUGGCCUGCGCAAGGACAACUUGGACCUCAAGGACCAGAUGGAGAAAAUGGCCGCCGCCGCCCUCAACGGCAACAACACCAGCGAGCCGGACGACUUUGACGACUUUGACGGGGAGGACAAGGAAAGCAGCAAGAAGAAAAAGAAGAAGAAGAAGAAAACGAAGCCCCCUCCCCGAGUGUUCUGCGACAUCUGCGACUGCUUCGACCUCCACGACACGGAGGACUGCCCGGCCCAGGCGCAGGCGCCCGACUCGCCGCCCCACACCGCCUAUCACGGCAGCAAGGGCGCCGAGCGGCCCUACUGCAACGUCUGCGAGGUGUUCGGCCACUGGAGCCACGACUGCAACGACGACCGCACCUUCUGAACGCCGCGGGCCGGCCUGGGCUUUUCCGUCCAAAAGCGUCUCGAGGGCUAAAAUGCUUCGGCGUUUGCACAUCUUGUCACACUGAUCGCCAAAAAAAGGGUCGGGAUAUUUGGCCGACAUGUUUGGCUCAACCUAAAAUUCAACAUAAUCCGGCAGGGGAGCUCCAUUUGGCGAGACCGGAGGUGUCACAGACGGUUUGGAAAUGAGCAACGGGCCGAAUGAAGUUGGCCUGCAAAGGUUGGAGUGCAUUUUAGAUUCAUUGAGGUUUCGCAAUAUCCCAAACUUUUUGGUGAGUAGUGUGUAUAUAGAGAUACAGAAAUAUAAGUCCAAAAUGAUUCUAUAUGAAGGACACGUUUUUCUAUGGCUGGAAAUACUUUUUUAUUGGACCUGUGGUGGGGUGCAUGCAGGACAGAACACUUGAAACGCACUUCCUUGCUUCUUCUUUCUACUUUGGCUUUUCUGUACAAGUGAAUAAAAGUUGCGUGUUGAAAUGAA